AUGGAAAACUCUGAAACUCUUAAAAUACUUAAGGAAACAAUAGACAAAUUAAAAAUUACCAAAGAGAACCUAAGAGAAAUGAGGAAAACUAAUAAAACCUUUCCUCGUCAAACUAAUACUAGAAUAUUAGAUGCGUUUUAAUCUUUUGCUUAAUUUGAUCGUGCUCCAAUCUGGAUGAUGAGGUAUUAAAUUCAUUUAAUUCAGAUAAGCAGGAAGAUAUCUUCCUGAAUUCAAAGAAAUCAUGAAAAAUAGAGAUUUCUUUGAUGCAUGUUAAGAUCCAUUUAUUGCAGCUGAAAUCACUUUAUAACCAAUAAAACAAUUUGAAAUAGAUGCUGCUAUUAUAUUCUCAGAUAUACUAACACUUCCAAAAGCUAUGGGAAUGGAAGUAUUAUAAUAUUAAUAACAUUUCUUAGAUUAUAAUGGAUAAAGAAAAAGGUCCUGUAAUCAAAAAUAAAUUAGAAACUAUUGAUGAUAUUAAUAGAAUUAAAUCUCCAGAUCCUGAAAGUCUAGAACAUGUUUAUGAUGCAUUAUAUUUAACAAGAUAAGCAUUAUAAGGAAAAUAAACUCUAAUUGGUUUCUGUGGUGCUCCAUUCACAGUUUUUUCUUAUAUGGUUGAAGGUGAAACAUCCAAAAUGUUUUUAAAAACUAAAAAAUGGUUAUAUUAAUACACUUAAGAAACCAGAAAAGUCUUAGAUUUAAUUGCUAAAGAAAGUGCUUAAUAUUUAAUUAAUUAAGUCAAAGAAGGAGGAGCUUAAGUUAUAUAGAUUUUUGAUUCCUUUGCUGGGUAUUAAUUAUCAUUAUAUAUUAGAUAAAUUCCAUCUAUUGAUUAUAAAGAAUUUGUAAUUCCAUCAUUAAGAAUAUUAUUAGAAGAAUUUAAAUAAGAGUGUCCAACAACUCCAUUAAUAAUGUUUGCUAAAGAUUAAAAUGGAGUUGAAGUUAUCUUGACUUUUCUAAAAAUGUACUUAGGUGAAACUCCUUUGGUUGAUGGAUUUUAGUUGGAUUCUAAUGUAAGUGAUGAAGUCUUGAUCAAAAUUAUUGAAAGUGAUAGAACUAUUCAAGGAAAUCUUGAACCUGGAGUAUUUUUUAUUAUAUUUUCUAGGUAUUGUAUGGUACUUAACAGAUCUUAAAAAAAAGAGUAUCUUAAAUGAUUGAAAAAUUACAAACAACUAGAAGAUAUAUUAUCAAUUUAUCACAUGGAUUGACUCCUGAUCAUGAAGUUGAAAAAGUCAGAUUAUUUAUAUAAGAGUCUAUUCGAUAAUCAAAGUUAUUUAAAGUAAGAGAGGUAUUAGAAUGA